AUGCGAGUUCUCUCGUUGGGUGGCAAUGAGAAUCUUACUGUUAGUUUACCGAAAUUGAACUGCAGCAUUUCUUAUUCUCUAAGGCAGUUGGACCUGUCGCUUACAAGUUUCUCCGCUGCACUGCCAGAUUCAAUUGGGUGCAUAGGGUCCUUAAAUUCUUUGGAUCUAGGAUUUUGUCAAAUUUCAGGUGUCAUUCCUGAAUCAGUUGGCAACCUUACACAGCUUACUGAAUUGUCUCUAGAUAGUAACUCUCUUAGAGGUAAAAUUCCAGAUAAAUUUUUCAAUUCACAAAAGAUAAGUAUGCUGUUACUUUGUUACAAUUUAUUGUCCGGAAACAUUUCAAACUCACUUCUUAACCUUACGCAUCUUGAACGUUUAGAUCUCUCCAGUAAUCAACUAAGCGGUUCAAUUCCUCCAUCAAUUUUUAUCAUUCCGCCCCUAUCUGUCCUUGACCUUUCUUCAAACCAUUUUGUUGGGGUUGGACAAGACUUGUAUGUGGACUCCAAUAAGCUUCAAAAAAACGCUUUUAACAGUGAAGCACCAUGGAACACUACAAACAAUGUGAGCAUUUCCUAUCCAGAUUUCACGUACUUGCGAUUGUCUUCUUGCCAGAUAAAGGAAUUUCCAGAGUUUUUUAGAAAUUCAGAGAGAUUAGGUGUUCUGGACCUCUCAAAUAACGUGAUUCAUGGUGAAAUCCCAAGCUGGUUCAUGUCUAAGACUUUCGAUAAGUUGCACAACUUGAACCUUUCGCAUAACUUUUUGGCUGGUACCAUAGACCAACUACCUGUUACUCCAGAUCUGGCGUCUCUAGAUGUGAGUUCCAACUCACUUCAGGGCCCAAUACCAUCUUCUAUCUGUGACCCAAGUCUUCUUAGGAUUCUUGAUCUGUCAAAUAACAAUUUGUCUGGCCCAAUUCCUCAAUGCUUGGGAAACUCCAGCCAGCAGUAUCUAGAAGCUAUGGAUUUGGGAAAUAAUAGGCUUUUUGGCACCAUUCCCACAACAUUUUCAAAAGGCAACUCUCUGCGGUUUCUUAUGCUGAAUGACAAUCAAUUGCAAGGGCCAUUGCCACGAUCUUUAGCCAAUUGUGAAGGUCUGGAACUCCUUGAUUUAGGGAACAACAAGAUAGAUGAUAAAUUUCCAGUUUGGUUGGAAAUUCUUUCUAAUCUGGAGGUCCUAAUAUUGAGAUCUAAUCGAUUUCACGGAGCAAUUGGCAAUUGCCAGACGAAAAGUCCAUUUCCUGUGUUGAGAAUUAUUGAUGCAUCCCACAACGAGCUCGCUGGUGCUCUAUCUGAGGAAAUCCUCAGCAACUUCACAGCCAUGAAAAGUUCAAAGCAUUACCAAAAGGGAGUUGAGUAUAUGACAGGGUACAUAUCUGUUGGCAGAGGAGGACCUUAUUACGUCCAUUCUGUGGGUUUGGUUAUCAAAGGGGUGGAGUAUAGUCUUGAAAGAGUCCUAAUAACUCGAACAGCAAUUGACUUCUCAAGCAACAGAUUCGAAGGACAAAUUCCAGAGAUUAUCGGAUCCCUUCAUUCUCUUCAAACACUCACUCUCUCUCAUAACAACUUCAGCGGCCCAAUUCCGAAGGCAUUAGGGAAUUUGAGCAUGCUUGAAUCUCUGGACCUCUCUUGGAACCGACUUGAAGGAACCAUUCCUAGGGAGCUACUGAAUCUGGAUUUUCUUGAAUUCUUAAACCUUUCGGAAAAUCGUCUAGUUGGACCCAUUCCACGAGGAAGGCAUUUUGAUACAUUUGGAGAUGAUUCAUACCAAGGGAACUUGGACUUGUGUGGAUUUCCGCUGACUAAAGAUUGUGGAGAUACAGAGACACCACCGCCAGCCACGCCAUGGGAAGCUGAACAACAAUAUGAUGAUUCUGAAUUCUUUGAUGGGUUCACUUGGAAAGCUGUUCUCCUGGGAUACGGCUGUGGAUUAGUGCUCGGAUUAGUUAUGGGAGGUCUCGUGUUCUUGACAGGAAAACCAAGAUGGUUUGUACUGAUUGUCGAAGAGUCGUUCAAACCGCGAAGGCGACCGAGGAAAUGGAUCCACAUACGCACUUAAGAAGGGCAAUGCAAUAAUUUACAUAACUGGUCUAUCAAUGGAGUGGAAAUAAGGAAAAGAUUUGGUUCAUUUCCAGUCGUAAGUGCUGUGUAUUUUAGGCUGGUUCCUAAAAUACAAGUCUCAGAGCCUU